AUGUGGAGCAGUCGAGGUUUUGACCUGAUGGCGCUGCAACCCCACAGUGGAUGCAUAAAGCAGUGGAGCCAGAACCAGGAUCCGCGCCUGCCCCUGCUGUGCCCGCUGUGUCGACAAGCCUACACGCUCCUCAUCACGGACUGCCGUGACUACGCCUACCGGAGGGAACGUAUGCGCCCGCCGGCUCACGAGGCAGCCCUGUCCUCCACGGGCAGUGACCUCCACCUCACCGUCCAGCACCGGCGGCGGCGGGCCAGCUACUUCUCUGGCGAUGUCAUGGAGGUGCAGCAGCAGGGUGGCGAGGAUGGCAUGACCCCGCCGUGGGCCAGGCGCGUCUCGCCGGCCCUGGCGGCACGCUCCGACGUGGCUCGCUGGGUGACGCGGGAGCUGCAGGCGAUCCUGCUGCAGGGCGAUGUCGACCUGCUGGGUCAGCACCUGCUGGGCACGCUGCGAGGUGCUGCCCAACUCGGUGGCGGCGCUCGUCCGGGGACGAGCGGCGGUGGCCCCUCCCAUGCGGUGCGGUGGAGCCCGUUUUGGUCGAGGGUGUUGGAGGUGUGCUGCGCGCCUUGGAGAUGGGAGAACGGCAGGGUGGCUCUGGUGCAAUGCUCGCUCGCUGCAACCCUCAAACCUCAUUCCCCCCUUUGUAAGCUCCAGGACCUCUGCACUCGGCUCGGCACAGCGGCCGGUCCCUUCCUGCACCGGCACGCCACGCGCUUCGCCCAGCAGCUGGUGUCCUUCGCGUCCAGCGGCCAGAGCCUGGCGACCUGGGACGCUGCCGCGGCGAUGGCGGAGGAAGUAUUGGUUGCCGGUGCUCUGGCUGCCAGUGACGGCAACGCCGCGACGACAGCAGAUGGCGAUGCAACCUUUACCGUGGUGCUCUCUGGAUUGGAGGACGAAGACGGCAGGCAGCCAAUCAGUGGGGGUGACGGCUGA